GAUAUCCCGCAGCACUUGCCAGGUGACCUGGGAAACUCAGCUGUCAUUUGCGUGAAUGGUAAAGAUGGCAGUAAAUAAUUACACCAUAGUAGAAUACUUUGGCGGAGAUGAUGGGUAUCGUUGUGGCUACUGUAAAAAUGAAAAGGGAAACUUCUCUCACGGGAUGUGGUCUCACACCAUGACUGUACAAGACUACCAAGAUCUAAUAGAUCGAGGAUGGCGAAGAAGUGGGAAAUAUGUGUAUAAACCCACAAUGAAGAAGACAUGCUGUCCACAGUAUACCAUCAGGUGCCACGCAGUGAAAUUCCAGCCUUCCAAAUCUCACAAGAAAGUUCUGAAGAAGAUUAACAAAUUCAUUUCCAAAGGAGAAUUACCACAGGAACAGGAAGGGGGAGAACCAAUGGAGUCGGUUUGUGACGAGGCCGGUCCACGGGAGCCCACUAAAGUCUGCCAGCCGGAAAUGAAGUGCGCUGCUACUGAAGAUAUCCAGCACGAAGUAAAGAACUGUCCCAAUUUCACAGAAGUUCAGAAAGAUGUCGCCGAUGUCAAGCCUCUAAUCUCAGAAACCUCGCAAAACGAUCCUGCGUCUGUUUCGGAGAGCAGAACGUCAAACGUGGCUCCUAAACCUGGGACGGGAGCCGAUCCCAACCGGCCGCCGUGCAGGAAGGCCAAAGACUUGAGGAAGGAGCGACGUCUUCAGAAAGAGCAGAUCAGACCCCCUACAAACCCCGCUCCCGCCAACACCAACCAGGCCAAAAGCCUCGAGGAGUUCAUCAGUGAGUCGUUACCAGACAGUUGCCCUCACAACCUCGAGGUGAGGCUAGUGCGCUCCAAUCCCCCCAGCCCGCAGUUCAAAGCCUCAUUCGACGCCUCUUACCAGGUGUACAAACUCUACCAGAUGGCCAUUCACAAGGAUCCUCCUGAAAAACCCUCCGAGAGCCAGGUGAGGCUAGUGCCUGUCAACUUUGAGGACCCUCAGUUCGCAGAGUCCUAUCAGCAGUCGGUGGCAUUGUACGCCUGCUACCAGAUGGCCAUUCAUGGUGAUGACCCCAGCGAAUGUAGUGAGAGUGAGUUCCGGAGAUUUCUCUGUGAUUCACCACUAGAGGCGGAACAUUCUCCGGAGGGUCCUGAGGUGGGAUACGGCUCUUUCCACCAGCAGUACUGGCUGGACGGGCGCAUUGUGGCGGUGGGAGUGAUCGACAUCUUGCCCACCUGCGUGUCCUCCGUCUACCUGUACUACCACCCAGACUUUGCCUCGCUGUCUUUGGGCUCCUACUCGGCUCUCAGGGAGAUUGCCUUCACCAGGCAGCUGCAGAAACAGUCCCCCAAGCUUGCCUACUACUACCUGGGCUUCUACAUUCACUCCUGCCCAAAGAUGCGAUAUAAGGGGCAGUACCGGCCUUCAGACCUCCUUUGCCCAGAAACCUAUGUCUGGGUACCAACGGAGCGAUGCCUUCCCCAGCUAGACAAGGCCCGCUACGCUCGUCUAAACCAAGACCUCGAUGCAGGAGACGCUCGGGCGCUGAAGGAUUUGGGCAAAGCUCUGGUGCUGCACUGGCGGAGCGUCAUGCCCUACGCGGCCUACAGCCGCAAACGGAAGGGCCCCUCCGAUGAGGCGGCGGUGCAGCAGUACGCCGGCCUGGUCGGUCAGCACUGCGCCGAAAGGAUCUUGCUCUAUCGCUCCUAA